GUCAUCAGUACAAACAUCAGCGUCUUCCCGGGGUGCGCGCAGAGGAGCGAGAGCAGGAGGAGGACAGAGGAGAGCGGGAGAGAGAAAUAUAUAGGGGGAGAAAGAGAGAGGGGCUACACGUUGUGGAUAAAGGCUGUCCGACGAGAAAAAUGAUGAUGAUGGAGUCGUGGCGGUGGAGAAUUUUGGAUUUACAAGAAAGGACUGCUCAAAUUUGACAGAGGGGGCUUUUUCGAAAUUACGCCUCUUCUCGGUCUCCUGCAUCCCAUCCCCUUUCUCCUCCUCUUUUUAUUUUCCCUCCUUCGAUUUCAUGUGCACAUCCUUGGUCAUAUAGGCGAGACAGUAAGGGGGUUAUCCCACGGAUGCAUGGGAAGGUAAAAAAAACCGGACGAAAUAAGACCGCUUAUCCAUCCAUACAUCCAUCCAUCCUUCCUUCCACCCUUUCUUGGACGCUCGUGAUAGACACCAUGAAAACAUAUUGGCUGAUGAAGCACGGAAAGCCGCUUUAAAUUAAAACAUCGCGUCUGCAUGUGAAAUAAAGACAUCCCCCUAUUUGAUGGAUCAUUCAUGGUGUUGCCCCAAGGAAAACGAGUAAUGUUGAAUCACUUGUCGUGGUGAAUUAUUCAUUAGUAACUAUAGGUAGGCUAUGAUUUUUUGUGGUUUUUCCACGUAGCAUUUUUUCCUUUCAUGCAAGGCCAAUCCAGCUUUGCAUUUAAGUGGAUGGUAAAAAGUGUCUGUGUGGAUUUGAUUGCCUUUUUGGGAAGGUGUGCAGGGGCAGACGACGGGGGUGAAGAGAAAGAGGGAGAUUUUUUUUUAUCAAGAAGAGGAAUAAACAUGUUGCCUUCCCAAGAAGCCUCCAAGAUCUAUCACGGCAAUUACAACUACAACUACAACCCGCGGGCCGUCGGGGUGCUGUGGGCCAUCUUCACCAUCUGCUUCGCCAUCGUCAACGUGGUGGUCUUCAUCCAGCCGUACUGGAUCGGCGACAGCGUCAACACGCAGCAAGCCGGCUACUUUGGCCUCUUCCACUACUGCGUGGGCACCGGGCCGUCGUCCAGCCGGGAGCUCACCUGCGUGGGCAGCUUCUCCGACUUCAGUUCCAUCCCGUCAGGAGCCUUCAAGGCGGCCUCGGUGUUUGUGCUGCUCUCCAUGGUACUCAUCAUCGGCUGCAUCGCCUGCAUGGCACUGUUCUUCUUCUGCAACACCUCCACCGUUUACAAGACCUGCGCCUGGAUGCAGCUGCUGUGCGGUGUAUGCCUGGUCCUGGGCUGCAUGAUCUUUCCUGAUGGGUGGGAUGCCGAGGUCAUCCGGGACAUGUGCGGGGAGCAUACGGGGAAGUACUCCCUGGGUGACUGCUCUGUACGCUGGGCCUACAUGUUGGCCAUCAUGGGCAUUCUCAACGCUCUGGUCCUCUCCUUAAUGGCCUUCGUCCUGGGCAACCGGCAAAAUGAUUUCUAUCUGGACGACCUGCAGACUGACAACAAAGAUUUUGCUGUGUCCAGGAUUGAGGUUCGGGAUAGAAGAGAGCCAAGGUACGGGGUCCAACGUCUUCACUGAGGACAACGAUCACAUUGGACAUCUUCUCUUCUUCUACUAUUCCUCUCUGUUUCGCUUUUACUUCCUCUUCUCUGUUUUUUUCUUCUUCUUUCCAGUGAUCAGGAUAUUAACCAAUGUCAAUAGACACCAAGUGUACAGGAGUAUGUAAGAUAAUACAAAAAAAAACAAAAAUCAACAACAAAGUCAUUGGGAUAAACUAUAUUUUGGAAAAACAGAAAAAACUAAACGUCUGUACAGUGAAUUGAAGACUUGACUUUGUCAACAAAUACAUUAAGAGGAAUUGAUUUUUUGUGAGAAACUCUUAAUAUGAGGAACCACCUUGUCUGUAGACUUAUUUACCAUAAUUUUGCAACUCACUGUGCAUUUUUGUACACAUCUUCAUGAAUGACAAAUGAGAGUCCCUGUAGAGUAGUUGGAUUUUAAGCCUUUCUUUUAAAAUCUCAAUUCUUAAACUAGUCUUGGCCAUCAAGUGCACGGUGCAAUUGGAGUUUGUAAUUCCAUAAUACUUUCAUCUGAUUAUGUUUACGUUUCCAAUCAAUGUGAGGCUAAAAGCGCUCACUGGACAACUGUGCCUGCAGUUUUCCCAGGUAACAUUGAUCAACGCCAAAAGCUGCAAGAGUCAGCACAACAUAAAAGUACUGCAUCAUUAAUAAAGGCAGUGACAAAUUACAGAUUUUAGGGUACUACCCUUCUUGAAUAGGUAUCCUUUAAAAAUAUUUUAAGAAAUGGUUUAUAGCCUGAUCAUUGAUCAGUUAAAGGUAAGGACACCUUUGCCUCUUUGCUUGUUGUAGAAAGUAGUAAAGAUAAUGUCAAGACUUCAUAAAAUAUAUCACAACGAGGCUCAAAUUUUGCCUGAUCAGGAAGCAUUACUCAAAUGAAAAAUAGCAAGCAUUUUAAUAUUGUCAAAUAGCAGGCCUACACGCAUUGUAAAAAGUACUUUAUAAGCCGUAAUUGAUGUUUGAUUAAAACUGUCUUCAUUUGACAAUUAUAAAUUCACAUUUAUUGUAAUAAUUACCACCAAAAGUAAAAGUGUUUGAAUUCUUCAUUAACCUUUAUAAUCCCACCCUAUCGUAAAGGGCUUCUGAUUCAAGAAUCACGGGGGUCGUACUGACUAUACACUUCCUUACACAUGGUAGCAUUCAUAAAAUUAGCUUUACCUAAUGUAUUUUGGAAAACGACUUCUUUAUAUUUUACUGAAAUUCCUACACAGAAAUUCCUUAGUCACCCCCCCACCCAAUUGUUCAGAAGGUCAUGAGUCAUUCAUAAGAGAGCAAAGAAAAUUGACUACAAUGCAUUUUAUUUGAAAUUAAAAAAAAAAGAUAUAGCUUAUUUAUUGUAAAUCUUUAAAAAUAUGUUGACAGUAUUUUGCUAUUUUUCUAGCAAAAUGCAGCCAGACAUUCACAAUUUUCUUAGUUUCAACUGAAUUCACAUUAUUUAAAAUUAUUUUACUUCAUCAUUGGUGCAAUUUGUGCAUGUUAAUUGGUGGACACUCGUUUCACUGUACAAUAAAAUUAGGCGUUUUUGUUCAAUUUCCCACUAAUUCCCGAUGAGCAGAUAUUUUCUAUCGAGCAAUCUUACCAAUUUGUGUCUAUUUGUCAAGUUGUUUUCUGUUAUUUACACUAGAUGUUCUUAUUUGAACAAACAAGUCCAACACUCACAAAAGUGCUGUCACACGACACCAGAACAGGACUAAGAAAGAAUCCCAUCUCAGUGUCUUUUGGGAAUUUUGUCAUUAAGCUUCAUGCAUUACGCAUGAAUACUGGAUUUGCACCUUUAUCAGGAUCUACAGUAGAAAGAAAGAAGACGUAACGUCAUUGAUGAAGGUAUUCCUAGAAUUCCAAACAAAUGAUGAGCUUUGUACUACAUACGUUGCUACAUUGCUGCUCCAAUAAACAUGUAGCUCCUGUUUUUGCUGCACCAGCAACAUGUGAAUGCCAUUUCAAACAUGUAACUGUCAGGUCAUAUUGGGUAGAAUGGCUCAGUUGUAGGAACCAUGGCGAAAGUAGGCCUUUGUUAAAUACACUGGACCCUUGGGGCUUGCACGAUUGAAUAAAACAUAAAUGGAAAUUGAGCUGAAAUAAAAGUCUAAAAGUAAAAAUGUACAUACAGGAAACAAAGCAUCGGGCUAUUAUUGACAUUCGGCAAAAAGGACAAUAGCAAGACCAACAAAAACUAAAACUGAAUACAAAAAUGAGGUUACCUACAGUAUAGAUUAUGAGACCCGUUGCUAGCGGUAUUCCUUGAACACAAGUUAACCGAAUAAAAAGUGACGACAUCUAAGCUGAGGCUGGCAUUAAUAAAUCAACCACAUUACUGGAAACUAUCCAUUUUUGUGAAUUCCUUUGUCAAAACAUUUUAAAAUCAACACAACAAAGGUUGAACAGUCUCCCGGAAGCAAUUGUGUUCAAGUUCUGAAGGUCCACUGUACUUAAAGGGGCAAAUGUUUGCUUUCACACCGAUUUUAGACUUCAUUUUAAUUGCGUAGCAUACAGCUGAUUGCUAACAUCUUUAGGUGGGUUGGUAUUUUCUAACCUCUGACACCUGCGGGUUUGUCUGACAAGGCUUCAAAACCAGUGGGACAUGUUUACUCAAGACACCAAUUUCAAACAUGAGUCACACUCAAGCCUCCUCUGCAGGAACACGUUGUAUGCAUCCUCUGACCUUGCUUUAUGCAGUCCAGGUACAGUCAUGAGCAGAUAGCUAGACGUGUGGUUAUUUUUGGACGCUUGCUAGCUAACUCUCAGGAAGCUGUGUCCACAGCACUGUAUUAACGGCUCAAAUAAGUGCGUCUUGCAAACGCACCGAUGUGGUACGGUUCCUUUUGACACGUUUGGAGUGACUACUCUGGGUUUACAAGCUGGGCCAAGCAGGCAAUAUGAAAAUAGCCCUUAUGCUGAAUCUAAUGAUGCUGUCACACUCACGAUUUUCGCCUCAUCAACCAUUGCGGUGCCAAGCCUUGAUUUGAAACCACCGAUGAACUGUGUGCAAACCAUUGUUGUAAUAUGUAAAGGCAGGUUGACGUAGAAAUGUGGGGUCAUUAUUUUUUCUUUCUUUAGACUUUUUAGACAAUUCGUCCACAAUGCAGACACCUAAGCAUGGACACGUUCCAUCUCAAAUUCUUUGCAUAGAAAAGGUGAUAAUGUGUCUUGAUAGGUAAUAUAUAUCAGGAUUUUCUUACCCUCUUCUCAUUUGGGAAUACUUUUAUGGAUACACUAUGUCUUUCAUGAAACAAACGACAAAAAUCUUCUAAGGGAGUGAACAAAAACUCGAAAGAGGCUAAUGUUCGGACCUCCAAGCGUCGUUGGCCGCACGUUGGCCGGUCAAGGCUCCACUUUUUCCAAUCCUGAGGAGUCGGCGCCAAACCGAAAUAAACCUUAACAAGGAACUGACGCUAUCUUAACCCUGAUGAGCACAUCUUUCUACUACUCCAGGUGCCUCUAAGAACUCUUGAUCCAGAUGUGGUGCAGAACCAGCAAAACAAGUAGUGACACUGUAGGUUUUUUUUUCUACUAAAAGACUAAGACACUCCUACUGAGCGCCCAUUUGUCGCAAGGUGGAUCUGACUCAGAAAUUGGGGUCCAUUCAGUUUGGAGUCAAGCAAAGAUGUCCCACCUGAUUAUUUACUUUAAUUUGGGGGCAAAGGUUUGUCUACUUUGAAUUAAAUAACUUCAUCUUAAAUUCAAAGACAGAAAGAUGCGUCAAAGGGGGAAAAGCAUUUUCUGAUACCCCCAAAUAUUUGCUGACCAUGUAAAUGUCAUUGAACUGUUUUGUCAUGCAAUACCAUGUAUAAAGACAUCUUUUUGGGAGGGGGUGGGUGAGGUACGGGGCAAUGAUGACUAACGUCCGGUGAUUUAUGUUCUGAUUUCUGUUGACUUUUGUGUUCAUUCUUGAAAUGUUGCCAAACUAUCAUGUAUUACAUGAGAAGAAAAAAAUAUUUAGUUUUGCUUUUUCUAAAAAAAUGCUGUGUUACAAAAUGAUUCUAUGAGCAUAUUUGUCAGCAAGUUUGUUUGAUUAAUGUGUUGCUCUAUCUUUAGCUUUAGGUUAAGGUUUCCAUUUGUUGUAUUUUCCUAUGAUGGUUGUCGUUGUGUCACAACAAGAUCAUUUUCUCAAUUAAUUUCGCUGAGUUCUCGAUGGACUUCUAACACCCCUAAAAUGCAAUUUUUGAAAGACAGACAAAGAGAGAGAGACAGAGAG